GGAUGAAAGGAUGGAGUCUAAUUGUACAGUCUACAAUUUUGAGUGAACCUAUUCCAUCUUCCAAAUUCAGCAUCGCAUCGGAUUCCUUGCCUUUAUCCUCGCCAAUAUAACUUGGAAAAUAUGAACCGCUCAAUCGAGCAGGCUCUCCUGUCACUCCUCCCAACCCACAACGAUGCUCUGCCGCAGCCCCUCACAGAACUGGCUAGUUCGCUGCUUGCCCAAUCCCGCCACCGCGCAAGCACGCUGAAAGCAGAGGAGGAAAUUGCGCGUCCUUAUGCCUGCGCACAUUUGGCAUGCGAGCGGCUCAAGACGACGCUCAACUUACCCCCAAUCGACCCGCGCCCGCCCAUCCCACCACGCAUCUAUAAGCGACUUUACAGUCAUUUAGAGAAGAUCCUGCCCACCGCUGCUUCCACCCCAAGCCGCAGGACGCCAGGCGGAACCACUACCACCACCCUCGGCAGCGGGCGUGUCCGAACGCCCAGCUCCAAGCUCCGCCAGGGACAUCAGCAACAACAAGACUCUCCGUCCCCGUUGGCGAACAAGUCCAAGUCCCGACCGACCCCAAGCAAAGCCACAUCCCUCUCCCAAUUCAGCACCACCCCAACAAAACACAAAUCGCCGGCGGCAGCAGCAGCAGCAAGGAAUGGCCGCUCCCAUGACCCUCUUCCGCGGUGGAUCCGCCCCACGCUCCGGUUCCUAACCGCCCGUCUCGGGCCGGCACACAUCGGCCCCGUGGUUGCCUCUGGAUUGGAAUCCAUCAUCACGCCUCGGGGCAAGCUCACUGACGACGCGUGGGUGCUGGCCAACCUGGUCCCCGUGCUGGCCGCCGUGUACCUGUACGUCUGGCGCGGCGUGACAUGGCCCGGGCGGGCGAUGGACCAGGCUGUGUACGUCAAGUUUCGGAAGGACCUGGCCGGGACGCUUGCACAGGUGAGAGGGCAUGUUAAGUUGCCUGAGGUUGAAGGCGGGGGGGAGGAGGAGGACGGGUGGAAGGGGUGGAAAGACGGGGUCGGGGUCAAGGAGUUUGAUACCGCCGCGUUGAGGGGCAAUCGGCACGGGUGGUUUGAUAUGGAUUGGGUUAUGGGAGUGCAUGAUUUGGUGAUGAGGGAGAUGGAUGCGGAAGAUGGGGAAGGGGGGCAGGAGGAGGAAGACGAGGAGCAAGAGGUGGUGGUGGGGCAGGCGAGGCUGCCGGAUACCAUGUUUCAGGAACGGUAUGAUUAUCUGAGUGAGAGGAAAAGGAAGGCGUAUGCCGAUUGGAAGGAGGGGGUAUUGAAAAGAAUCAGGGAGCUGGAGAAGGGCUCUUGA